CCCAGACUUCCUGCUUCCUCCGUAGGCGCCCCUGCAGAGUUUUGCCUUCCUCACUGACCGGCGGCGCUCAAGUCCGUUUGCUAGGCCGGAAGUGGAGACCCAAGCGCCCUACCGGCAGGGCCGGAAGUGCGAUAGGGAGGUGCGAACUGGCCGGAAGCCGAGCUCCGGACACGCCCACCUGCCGGAAGCGCCGGAGGUGUAUCUCAAACAGGGUUGCUGUUUGACAGGACCGCUGCGUAGGCGGACUGACGGACGGACGGACGGGCGGUGUGGUCAGCGCGGAGGCUGAGGGCCGGAGUCGGCAUGGCGGAGGGCGGGAGCCCCGAAGGGAGGGCUGGCCCAGGGCCCGCAGGUCCUAAUCUGAAGGAGUGGCUGAGGGAGCAGUUCUGUGACCACCCACUAGAGCACUGUGAAGAUACAAGGCUCCAUGAUGCAGCCUAUGUAGGGGACCUCCAGACCCUCAGGAACCUGUUGCAAGAAGAGAGCUACCGGAGCCGCAUCAAUGAGAAGUCUGUCUGGUGCUGUGGCUGGCUGCCCUGCACCCCACUGAGGAUUGCAGCCACUGCAGGCCAUGGCAACUGUGUGGACUUCCUCAUACGCAAAGGGGCCGAGGUGGACCUGGUGGACGUCAAGGGGCAGACUGCCCUGUAUGUGGCUGUAGUGAACGGGCACCUGGAGAGCACCGAGAUCCUCUUGGAAGCUGGCGCUGACCCCAACGGCAGCCGGCACCACCGCAGCACUCCAGUGUACCAUGCCUCUCGAGUGGGUAGAGACGACAUCCUGAAGGCUCUCAUCAGGUAUGGGGCGGAUGUUGAUGUCAACCAUCACCUGACUCCUGACACCCGGCCCCCUUUCUCAAGGCGGCUUACCUCCUUGGUGGUCUGCCCUCUGUACAUCAGUGCUGCCUACCAUAACCUUCAGUGCUUCCGGCUCCUCCUGCAGGCUGGGGCAAAUCCUGACUUCAAUUGCAAUGGCCCUGUCAACACACAGGAAUUCUACAGGGGCUCCCCCGGGUGUGUCAUGGAUGCUGUCCUGCGCCAUGGUUGUGAGGCGGCCUUCGUGAGCCUGCUGGUAGAGUUUGGAGCCAACCUGAACCUGGUGAAGUGGGAAUCUCUGGGCCCAGAGGCAAGAGGCAGGAGGAAGAUGGACCCUGAGGCUCUGCAAGUCUUUAAAGAGGCCAGAAGCGUUCCCAGGACCUUGCUGAGUUUGUGCCGUGUGGCUGUACGAAGAGCUCUUGGCAAAUACCGACUGCAUCUGGUUCCCUCGCUGCCGCUGCCGGACCCUAUAAAGAAGUUUCUGCUUUAUGAGUAGGAUUCAGAUGCAGUGUCGGCUGCAGUGAGGACGCCCAUCAUUGCGGUGAAGUUGACACAGACUCCUGCGUCCUGUGAACUGGGUCCUGCGCUGCCGGCUUGUUCCCUGGCUGUCCGUGAAGAUGAAACGUUGGAUUGUGGUUCCGUCUCAGGUGCUUGGGCCACCGAACACUCCUUGAGUCAUCGUCAACGGAGAGGCGCAUACACACUUAAUUUUGUUCUUCAGUAUCUCUGUUUUGGAUUUGUACUGUUAUAUGUUAAUGAAAUGGGCUGUGAAAUGUGUGCAGUAUGUGGUGAGCUUGCAAGCCUCGUGGUAGCCCUAGUGGGGAAAGGUUGUCUUUUCCAGAGUUAUGCUUCUAUUUAUGUUCCUACUUUGCAGUUUGAUUGUUCUCUUAAGGUCUGAUAUCCAAACAAGAAGAGUUGUGGUAAGAAAACAUGUAGGGAGCAGAGAUGCAGUUCCUGCACUUGCUAGUCUGUUUUCUUGCCCGCGUUUGUCUGUCUGUGCUGUCAGAUGCAUAGCCCUUCUUGCCGCUGCCACACCCUCUCAGGAGUGUCUUCACUCCAAGAUGGUUUCUUGGCUGCAGACACUGCCUCCAGGGAGGUCCCAGCACAGCCUCUGCAGUGUAGCACCUGUCCUGGAAGGGUUUUUUGAUGGAUAUCUCACCCUGGGGAUCUUCAGACCGGGAUUCCCUUUAGGAGGCCCACCUGGAACUAGCCAGGAAGUGACUGCCCACAUUCAGACCAGGGAUCAUCCCAAUAGCACUCACUGCCAGUCCUCACAGGAUGACACGACACUGGGGUGCUCCAUGCAGGCCCUCCCAUACAGAAAGUGGGAACUGUAUCGGCCACCUGGGUGGCUCCAGGCUCCAGCUGCUUGGCCCGCCAGGCUGUUCCUCCCUCUUUCUGGUCCAGUGCCUUGUGGGCACUCCUAGAGAUCUUUCCCCGUCUUGCCCAGGGUUGUUGGUGAGUGAGAGAGAUGAGCUUGUUGCAGGUGUGAGGGUCAUGUGCAGGUGGGUCAGGAACUAUGCAUUACCUUAAGCAUCCUCAGGUUGCUCCUGUUUUGGUAAAGUUGUAUUUUGUCAUUUUGAGCCUCUUAGGACUGUUGUAUGGAUCUGUGCUGAUUGUAGACUUGAGAAUAUUUAGGCACAAGCAGAUGUUAAAUCUGUUUAGAUUUUGGCCAUAAAAGAAAUCUAACUUGUAAUGAUA